AUUUGCAGUCAUUGGUUGGUCACCCAUUCCUACCUACAAAAACACAUAUCCAUCCAUAUCACAUGCCACUUAUCCAGCAAAGGGUCAUGGUAAGUCUGAAACUUACCCCAUUAAGCACAGGACACGAGGUGUGGGAACAUCCAGGAUGGACUGCUGGCUUUAAACAACCACUGAUUGUCAAAGCUUUUGAAAGGCUUUAAUUUCCACUGAUAUGUUUAAAUCUAAGCCAUUAACUUGUGCUUCCUAUUCAUCUUCCAAAUACUUAAGUGGUACAAGAUGACAGGGAGCCUGGAGUCUCUCUUACGAGGUACAGGGUACAUGGCAGGGUCUACACUGUCUGGGAUGCCAGUUUGUUACGGGGCACACAUGGGCACACACUGUGGGUGAUUUAGAGACUCUAAUCCAACUUAAUGCAUAUGUUUUGACAUUGGGGUUAAACCAGAGUAGCUGCAGGAAACGUGGGAAAAACGUCUACAAAAUAUGGUGCAAUUUAACAGUGCUAUCCACAAAGCCACCAUGUUAUAUUUUGUGCUAUAACAAAAUUUAAAUUCAUAAGUAGUAGUAUUUUCAGAUUUUGUGUAUUAUGGCAGAUUCAAUUUCAGCAAUCAGAUAUGAACAAAAGAAAAUGCCUGUAGUGUUUGUGCGCAUUUGCAUGUCCUGGACCCCUAAUAAUAAUAAUAAUAAACAAUGGUCCUCCCCAACACCGUGCGGCAGUAGCGUUUAUUUAGGGUGUGCUUAGUGACGUCACAACAAUGGCUGACUCUCUAACCCAGAGCUAGGCAGUCAGAAAUAUUAUCUUUUAAUAGCCGUGUUAUUUGUGAAUAACGUCCUACACGAAUCAGCACAGAUGGAUAAAAAGAAAAAGCAGUAUGACGUGACCGCUGCGUCCCUGGUUGAUCUCAAAGCUGAGCUCUACCGGAAACAAGAGGAGUUUAGGCAUGAAAAGUUGACAUUUGAUUCAGUGGAGAAGAAACCAAAAUCCAAACUCAAGAAGCCCAUCAUCUGGAACAAGCAGAAUGAGGGCGUAUCCAUACGAGCCCAGAAGGAUGUGGAGCAGGCGACUGAAGAGGAGGAUAGCCUUGAAAAAUCAAGGUGCAAGCUGGAGGAAAAGACCCGGCUGUAUGAACAGAUGAGUAAAGGAGACUUCCCAGAUGAGGAGACAGAGAGUCAGUUCCUGGUGGAUUUCACCCAAAAGAUUAUCGAUCAGAAGAAGGCCCUGCAGGUGCAGCCCAAGACGACAGACGAUUCUGACAGCGAUGGAGGGGGGAACUGUGAAACUCUUGGGCCCAUUCCUCUAGCUAGUCACCCGGAUGAGGAAUGGGUGGAUUAUGUUGAUGCCCUUGGUCGAUCUCGUAGAUGUAUGAAGAAAGAUCUGCCAGAGUACCAAAAACUUGACCAAGACCUUCAUGGCAAGAGGUUUGAGAAGCCUGGUGAGAAGACACUGCUGUCAGAAGACAUGCGCAGGGAGCUGCAGCGACAGCAGUGGGAGCAGGAGGAAGAGGAGGCGAUGAAGAGACCAGUUGGACCUGUGCACUAUGAGAAUGUCCGAGACCAAGAGGCUCGGGAUCUUGGCGUGGGUUACUAUGCCUUCGCAAAGGAUGAAGCCCUCCGCAAGAAGCAGAGGGACACACUGGAUAUGCUGAGGGACCAGACCACAGAUCAGCGUACCAAGAGGGAGAAACUCAAAGACAAAAGGAAAAAUUUACUUCAGUCCCGGCUGGCUAAGGUGAGGCAGAGGAAGAUUAUGAAGCUGGAUGGCACAGAGACAGAAGAUGGGGCAAAAGAAGGCAAAUCUGAGGGAGAGAUAAUUGGACCCAAGCCUUCAGCUGAAGGACCCCCUGGACCCCCUCGUGAUCUGCCUGCUCCUGUGCCCUCUGGGCUAAAUAAGGUGGUGGUGGAGAUCCAGGAGAGGAGGGACACGAAGCCCGGCGUGCCCCACGUUCGGGAAUGGGAUCGGGGAAAAGUUUCCUUCGGCAACUGGACCAACCGGCGGCGGGAGGAGCGGGAGCAGGAGUUUGCCCCUCCCACCGCAUACUUCAGUGACAGGGGGGCGGCAAGGAGUGGGUCAGACUGGAACCCACAGAAGGCCCCCUUCUGCCGGCCGUGGUCCCAGAGCAGCACUGCUCAGUCACAGAGCCCAGCUCGGGAUCCCCCAGAGGCCCCGACUAAGAGCCUAGAUGACAUGCUUUCCUUUUACAAACAUUCCACUUAAGGGAAUUCUGGAACGGACACUGGGGGCGUCACGUGUCAAUGAACCAGGAGUGUGUGGUCAUAGGGAACCAGCAAGCAUGGCAGAAUUCCUGUCAUUGGGGAGAACUCCACCCUGUGCUUUACACACUCACACACACCUACAGCCUAGUCAUGGGGGCUCUUUGGCUUCGUUAAUGGGGGUGUAAUGGAUCUAUGAUCGUCAUUUACUUUAUGUUGACUAUUAAAAUUGUGUUGUUAACCACA